AUGGGGCCUGGCUUGGCCACCAGAUCCCAGGUUCCUGCUGCUUGGCCCCUGCUGAUCUGUCCUCCCCCCACCCCCUGCCAGGACAUCAUUGAGGACAAACUGGACAAGAAUCUGUGGCCCUUUUUGUCGGACCCGGUCCCUACCACCAGCUCCCAGGCUGCUGUCAGCACCCGCUUUAGGCAUUGGCAGAAGAACAAGCCAGCGGCCGAGUACCGGACGGGCCCGCGCCUCAUCAUUUACGUGCUGGGUGGGGUGUCCAUGUCUGAGAUGCGCUGUGCCUACGAAGUGACCCCGGCCAUCAAGGGCAAGUGGGAGGUGGUGAUCGGUUCCAGUCACAUCCUGACCCCCAAGCGCUUCCUGGAUGACAUCCAAACCCUCAACCAACUGGACCCCGAGGAGGCCUAGAAGCAGCCCCCUCCCCCCAGAGACUCUGCCCCCCACAGUUUGCUGCCCCCAGCUCCACCUGCUCUUCUCAACAAGGCAUCUUCCGCCCUACUCUUGGCUGCGGUGUCAGUUCUUGGGCGGGGGGAGGACCCCCAGGCUGCUUGGCUGUUCGGGCAGGGGGCAGGCCAGGCUUCCUCCCUCUGGC